AUGGCCAGGCAGAAGAUCGACAUGCAGCAUGUCCACGCCCAUGGGAACAACCCCUGGAAGGAAGUUGCCGACGCGGCUUCCAAUCGCGGACGAAUCGCCGCGGCACCAGUUCAACAGCAAGAAUGGGCAAGCAUAAUGGACGGCACUUACCAACGGGACUGGGAGUUCCUGCUCGACGCCGACGAGAACACCAAGGAGGCCUACCCCAAUUUCGCGCAUGGCAGCCUCACGGCAACCUACGCCCCCGCGGCCGCCAAUGCAAGCCACCUCCACAUGCCGACCGAGGCCAGCGAUAGAAGGACCGAGAUAGAAAUCAACAUCGCGACCUUCAACAUCCAGACUGGUCGGGAGCCUAAAGAAGGAGCAAAACGAAGGAGCGAGAAUAUCAACAAACUCAAGACCACCAUGGCCAGCCUUUACGACGAAGACUUACACAUCAUCGGCUUUCAGAAAGCCAGGGAGCCAUUGGGUAUGCGCGACUCAGACAAGGAGGGCGACGCCUCCUGCGCCAACGCCAACAGUUACCGCGUCAUCUCCAGCGGCCACGAGGGCUAUAACUACGGAUGCGAGCUCCAUCAUCACACCUGGCACUCAGGCAAGAACCCCCGCCGCAUCGACUACGUCGUCAUUCCCAAUGGUUACGUGGACUCGAUCGAGGCUUGCUCUGUUCUGUAUGGUAUCGACAACGGCUGCGACCCCGAUUCCAAGGAUGAUCGCUACCCCGUCAAGCUGGAGCUCGCACGUGAGAUCGCGGCAUCGACCUCCAAGGGCGCCCCCAAGCUCGACGAGCACAACUUAGCAGACGACGCCUGCCGCAAGGAGUUCAGCGACAAGCUACGCGACAUCCCAGCACCCGACAUGGGAUAG